AGAAUGGGGUUUGAGAACCAUAUGGGGAUACGGUCGUAUUAUCGUAUAAGAUGUUUUGAAAGGCUUUUUCAAAAGUUUUUAAUCGAUGCUAGAGAAAGAAAUGAUUGAUAUGAGUGCUAUGAUUUGCUUAAAGUUAAAGAGAGUUUUUUUUUUGUUUUUUGUCAACAAAGAGUUAAAUUGUUUAUGUAGAAUUAAAAUGAAAAGAAAAUACUUCUAGAGGCUGUAGAUUUGUGUCAAAAGAAAAUACUUCUAGAAGUUGUAAAAGAUAUUGAAUGUACCCAAACUUCAUUGGAAAUAUGUGAUGCGUCUCUUGUCUACGUAGAAGUCACGGCUAAAAUCAAACAAGACUUGUAAAAGCCAAAUACAUGGGACCGAUACUAAUGACUAAUUCAACUGUUUAUAUAGUUCUCUCAAACUUUAUAUAUAUUUUUAAUUUGUAUUCUUCCCUUUGUUUUUAGUUUGCGUCUGCUUUUAUGUAUCACCAAACGAUAGAUAAAAUUGUUGUUAAUUUCACAGUAUCUAUUUUUGUCAAUAUCGAAAGGAGCACGUACGUGUGUAGUAACCACUUGCUCAAUUUGGACCGUAGACAACCGUUGAUCCAUCUGUUUUUUUUUUUCUUGAAUACUUUUUCCAAACAAACUGAAACCGUGUUUUUAUAUAUCUUUGUCGCCGUGAAUUAGACUCUAUUUAUUUUUUGCUACAAAUGUUAAUAUCAUUAGACUCUAUAUAUACAUCCAGAAUUCUCCAUUUGAGAUUAAUUAGAAGCCAAAUUCUUUCGUAGACAUUUUUAAGAAGAAGAAGAAAAACCUGAAAAGAUCGAGCUAUCAUGGUCAGAUCAGAACUAGGAAGAAGGAGGUUUUUAUCUCGAGCUGAAAUGGCGCCGGCGUCAAUGAUUUCUCGCCGGAGCUGUUCAAUGUCUCCGACACUAGAGACCAUAUUUGAAGAAAGGUCCGAUAAUUUUAACCAUCAAGAUUAUUAUUCAAAAGUCGUUGUGGGACAACACCGUCUCUUCCUUAUCGUUCCGGCGAUUAUAUCGGCCGUGUCUUGUGUUUUGCUGUAUAGACAUGAUCGUGUUGUUCGAUUUUCUUGAACAUUUUACAUACAUUGAUACCUACAUACAUAUGCACAAGUAUUUCAAUGUAAUUUAUGUAUAAGCUGUAAGCAGAAGAGUUUAUUAUAUAUAACCUUAUUAUGUUUCUGUUUCA